UUGCACCAGUUCAGGCAGCGACCUCCUGACGUGCUCCUGCAGCCUGUAGAGAGCCACAGACGGCUCGUUGGCCAGCACGUACAUGCUCUCCGUGAAUUUGUCAGUCACUGCAGUAUUAACGGAAUACAGACAAAUACGCAGGACACAUGAGCCGUGUCAUCAAAAAAUUUAAAAACGGAUAGAAACAACAAACAACAUGAUACGAGGACGAGUGGCGGCAUAACUAAGCUAGCAUUAGCUUUCGGCUAGGCUAGCGUAGCCGCGGCAUUGCAAGCUAAAAAUGAGUGAUCAUGGAGGCCAGAGGUGAUGAUGAGGUUGCAGAUGGCCAACAUGUUCAGCCAUCCAGCGCUAACGCAUGUCCCUCCGAACCAAGACAGGAGAAGUCCACUGAGAACUUGGAUGCGGAUGAGGAUGAUUUGUUCAAACACUCCACCACUCUGACCAACAAGCAGCGUGGGAAUGAGGUUACAGUGCGUCCGGCAACAUUAGACUCUCUGUCUAUACACCAGCUGGCUGCUCAAGGUGAGGUUUCACAAGUGGUUGCACACCUGAGCAGAGACAGUUCGCUGAUCAGCAGACAGGACGAACGGGGUUUCACACCUCUAAUGUGGGCAGCAGCGUUUGGAGAGAAAGCCGUGGUGGACUUUCUCUUGGAAAAGGGUGCAGACCCCAAAACUAUUGCGAGGGAGCGAGAGAGCGCCCUGACACUGGCCAGCUCUGGAGGUUAUGUGGACAUUGUUGAGUCUCUUCUGAGACAUGGAGUGGACAUUAACACCUAUGACUGGAAUGGUGGAACACCUCUUCUUUAUGCUGUACGAGGGAACCAUAUAAAAUGUGUAGAGGCACUACUAGCCAAAGGAGCAGAUAUGACCAUUGAGUCUGACUCUGGAUACAGUCCGAUGGCUUUAGCUGUUGCCCUUGGACACAAAAAAAUUCAGAAAGUGUUGGAGGACCAUAUCCUGAAACUCUACAAGCCACCAACAUGACACUAGUUGGAAUAAAUAGAAAGGACAGUGACAUAGCUGAUGUCCAGUUACCAUUGAUGGUGAGAAGAAGAGGACGUCUGUCACGACAGCAGAUCAGUGCAUAUGUAGAAACAUUCACACAGUAAACUGCAUUUGUUGAUUUCUGAACUGUUUAUUCCAGUUUUGUGCAUCACUUUGUAUGCCCUACAAUGUAAAAAAAAAAAACUUUGUAUGAAUGAGGACUAAAUGUGACAGCUGUGCAGCAGCAACAAAAUGGCAGUAAACAUGUUUUAAUAAAAAUUUAUUUUUAGACUGGAA